AUGCCUUGGCACGGAAGAAGGCUGCUCAGUAGCUGCUGUAUGCCGCUGCUCCUUCUGCCAGCAUGCACAUUACAAUACGCACUAGAAGUAGUCCCCCAAGCCACGAAAUAUCGCGCUCUUCAUCACCAUGAUGGGGGGGCCCAGUGGGGCACCAUCCAACGUUCAACGUUCUUCAGGCAAUUCCGUGCUCUUGGCAAGGGCAAACGAAGAUUGGACCCAGCGCUGACCCUGGCUCGUCAGACGGUGGGAUGGGGCUGUGGCGGCACUGGAAAGAAGACAGCACAGCAAAAAAGUGCAAAACCCAACACAGAUCCCAGUCCGCAAUUUCGCGAUGUCGGGCUUUAG